AUGGGUCGGAUCUCGACGACCGAGCUCAGCAGAUACCUGCUGACUGGCCAAUUGAGCCGUCGGGGUUGUUUGCACGCACAAUUUCCGCGGAUUUCGGCCAGCGCGGCCUUCGGCUCGAGUCCUCAACGCCGACACUUCGCGAGCCAAGUCGAAACGACGACACCGCGCCCCUCCAACCAUGCGACCACCGUGCCCACCACACCAGUCACUCCCCUCCGCAAGCAGCUGAAGGAGGAGGCAAAGGCGCUCAAGGCAUCUGGCAAGAAGAAGAAGAAGAACGCCGACAACCAGACCGUGCCCGGCUGGGAGCUGACGGUCGGCAUCGAGAUCCACGCACAGCUCAACACCGCCCGCAAGCUCUUCUCUCCGGCCGCGACGUCAUUCAACGACCUCCCCAACAGUCAUGUCGCGCUCUUCGACCUGGCCAUGCCGGGAUCGCAGCCGCUCUUCCAGCCCGAGACGCUGAUCCCCGCCGUGCGCGCCGCGCUCGCCCUGGGCUGCGCCGUCCAGCCCGUCAGCCGCUUCGACCGCAAGCACUACUUCCACUGGGACCAGCCGGCGGGCUACCAGAUCACGCAGUACUACCACCCGUUUGCGCGCGACGGCCGCGUCGUGCUGCACGCGCGCGACGGCAUCGCGGCCGAGGACGGCGACCGCGUCGAGAUCGGCAUCCGCCAGGUGCAGAUGGAGCAGGACACGGCCAAGACGACGGCGCAGCCCGGUGAGGUGCAGUGGUUGGACUUCAACCGCGUCGGCCUGCCGCUCAUCGAGAUCAUCACGCUGCCGCAGAUCCGGCACCCGGCUACGGCGGCCGCGCUCGUGCGCAAGGUGCAGAUGCUGCUCGGGGCUGUGGAUGCCUGUGUGCUUGGCAUGGAGGCCGGCGGCUUACGCGCCGAUGUCAACGUGUCGGUGCGCAGGGCUGAGGAUGUUGCGGCGGGGAAACCCCUAGGCACGCGUACCGAGAUCAAGAAUCUAAGCAGCUUCAAGGCGGUCGAGGACGCCAUCAUUGCCGAGCGGGACAGGCAGAUUGCAGUGUUGGAGGCAGGGGGUGUUGUCGAGGGCGAAACGCGCGGCUGGUCGCUUGGCAGCACUGAGACGCGCCGUCUGCGCGGGAAGGAGGGCGAGGUCGACUACCGGUACAUGCCCGACCCGGACCUGGGGCCGGUUGUGAUCGGGGAAGACCUAGUUAGCCAUCUGGCAUCUUCAAUGGGCGUCUUGCCUGAUACGGAGAUUGAUGAAUUGGUGGCGAGGUAUGGCUUAAGCUCCAAGGAUGCCAUGUCACUCAUGAUGCUGGACAAUGGGGCGCGCAUUCAGUAUUUCUACAACGUCCUCGAUGCGCUGGAGGAGCGACUCGGUCUGGGUGGUGACACUGAGUCUGACCAGCGGCACGCCUUGCUCGCCGCCAACUGGUGCCUGCAUGAGUUGGGGAAGCUCACCGAGCUGUCUUCCGACCUCGGCAUGACCCCCGACGGCGAGUGCCAUGUCCCGUCGACGGACUUGGCCGCCAUACUCUGCCACCUUCAUCGCAAGGAGGUAACGGCCAAGGUUGCCAAGGAGCUCCUGUGGAGCGUUUUCCGCGGCGAAGUGACCACCGGCGGCGUUACGCAAGCAAUCGAGGCUGGCAAUUUGUGGUUCAAGGAACUGUCCGAGCAGGAAUACGCGGAGCUUGCCGACAAGGUUGUCGACGGAGAGGACAAGGUUGUGCGCGAAUUCUUACGCUUCAAACAGGGCAAGCUCAAGGCCUACCCACAGGGCAAACUCAUGUUCCUCGUGGGCAAGAUGAUGCGCGCUGGGCCGGAGGAGCGGAUGGAUCCCGCCUCGGCAGAGAGAGUCAUGAAGGACAGGAUGGAGGGCGUUUAUCUCCCGGCAUUGGACGGGAAUGAGUAG